CAAAAGCCCAGCGCCACCAUUAUCUGACUCUCCAGAAACACAGGGAAGGCCACCUUAGAAGGUGAAGCCUUUUCUGCGGCUUUAAUAAUCAUAUAUUGCCUUUGCUUCGUUAUCUUUCUCGCAGCGUCCUCUCGAUCAGCUGACAUGUUCGCCUUAACGAUCCCAACAACGUCUAAACUGAAACCUUUGCGUUUCGUGUUAUUCCCACCAAACACCAACAUAGAAAUCUUCCCAACUGGAAGCAGAAUAUACCGGAGAAGCAGAGUGUCAGCUUAUUCUAAAUUAGCCCAUCGCAGUUGCCGUCUUUGCUCGAAAUCGAACAGUAGACCUAUAGUGGCCACGAGGGUCAGUAAUGGCGAUGAUGGCGCAUUUGAUGCUACCUCGCAACAGUCUUCCUCUCCUCCUCCUGACUUUGAAGAAGAGAAGAGUGCCUCUUCUGGCCUCGGUGAUGGUUAUGUGGCCUUGUUUGUUCGAAUGUUGGGCUUAGAUCAUGAUCCUCUUGAUAGAGAACAGGCUAUAAUUGCUCUCUGGAAAUAUUCACUGGGUGGAAAGCAGUGUAUUGAUACUUUAAUGCGAUUCCCUGGUUGUAUUAAUCUUACUGUGCGCCUCCUCAGAUCAAAUUCUAGUUUAGCAUGCGAAGGAGCUGCAGGCCUUUUGCGAUCUCUAUCUUCAGUCAAUCUAUACAGGAAUUCAGUGGCAGAGAGUGGAGCAAUAGAAGAGAUAAAUAGACUGCUGAGGCAGUCUUCCUUGGCUCCUGAGGUGAAGGAGCAGAGUAUGAGUACAUUGUGGAAUUUAUCUGUGGAUGAGAAGCUCCGCAUUAAACUUGCAAAGAGUGAUAUCCUGCCAUUGACUAGUAAGUACCUUGAAGACGAGGAUGUAAAAGUGAAGGAAGCUGCAGGAGGCAUAUUGGCAAAUUUAGCUUUGAGCCAUGUUAACCACCGCAUUUUGGUUGAAGCGGGUGUUAUACCAAAAUUGGCAAAGUUCUUAACUUCUGAUCCUGAAGGAUCCAAAGUCAUUAAAAAGGAAGCAAAAAAUGCAUUGCUGGAAUUUGUUAAGGAUGGAUAUUAUAAAAUUCUUGUCGUUGAGGAAGGUCUGGUUCCUGUGCCAUUGAUUGGUGCUGAGGCGUACAAGUCAUUCUCCCCUGGUGUGCAUUCAUGGCCCAAAUUACCAGAUGGUACAGAGAUUGAACGGGCUUCUGUAAAACCUUCCAGGUAUGGUGCAUCAGAAUUACUUCUUGGACUUAAUAUUGAUGAUAAAAGUGCUAACAUAGAGGAAGAAAAAGUGAAUGCGAUUGUGGGACGGACACAACAACAAUUCCUCGCUCGUAUUGGGGCUAUAGAAUGGGAAGGAAAAAGAACAUCUGAUUCUGAAAGCUCUGAUAGGCAACAACUUACACUUUUGCCUUGGAUGGAUGGUGUUGCUCGCUUGGUACUUAUUCUAGAACUAGAGGAUAAGACUGCCAUAAAAAGGGCUGCAGAGUCAAUAGCUGAUGUAUCUAUAAAUGAACAUAUGCGCAUUGCAUUCAAGGAGGCUGGAGCUGUUAAGCAUUUAGUUCGGCUUUUGAAUUGUGAUGAUGAUGCUGUCAGAGUGGCUGUAACUCAAGCUUUGGAGAGGUUGUCUGCCAGCAAUGUAGUUUGCCAGAAAAUUGAAUCUGAGGGAGUGUUAGGUCCUUUAAUUAAUAUUCUAAAAUGCUCAGAGAUUUCCAAAACUAUUGCAGAAAAGUCUUUGAAUACAAUCGCUCGCAUACUAGACCCCAGUAAAGAGAUGAAAUUGAAGUUUCAUGAUGGACCAGUUAAUGGAUCCGAGAAGGCCUUAAGUGGAGUUAGAAAUAAUGCUAUUUCAGCUAGCUUCAGUACCACUGAUUAUCCGAUAUCAAACACCACUACCAGGAAUGAUGUAUUGGAUUCUGCUUUUGUAGCCCGCCUUGUUGAGAUUCUGAAGUCCUCUUCUCCCAGUUUACAAGGAAAAGCUGCAUCAGUUCUCGAGUUUGUUGCAUUGACUGACCCAACUAUGGUCUCUAUUAUGUCUGUAGAUAUUGAAUCUGCUCUCAAUGCUGUCUUUCUGCAAAAAAUUUUGAGAAUUUCAGGUCUUAAAUUUCUUCUCUAUGGAGAACCUGAUGUAGAAGAUCAGGUUUCAGAAGCAUACCCGGUCGAAGUUGAAGAAGCUGGGCUAGCAAUAUCUGCAGCAUCCCGGUUGAUGGCGAGACUGCUCGAUUGUCAGCAUUUUCAAGACAAAGUAAAUUCCUCCCAUUUCAUCGGCUUACUUCGAAAAAUCCUCAAAUCUUGUAUUCCUCUCCACAGCAAAGACUGGGUGGCUGCCUGCCUAGUUAAACUCAGCUCACUCUCCAGUGACAUCCCAAGUCUUGAUCCUAUCAAUGUGGAAGUCACACUGUAUCAGACAAUCCCAAGACUCGUAGAACAGAUAAAAACUUCGUUCUCUCUGGAAGCACAGGAAGCUGCUGCUGUAGAACUGAACAGAAUAAUAUCUGAAGAGGUGGUACAUUCUGCUAGAGCUGUUGUGUCUGAGGGGGCAAUAUGUCCACUGGUGAAGCUGAUAGAAGAAGGAAGUGAAAGGGCGGUUGAAGCAGGAUUGGCUAUAUUGUAUAAUCUGAGCAUGGGCCGUGAGAAUCAUUCAUUGAUUGUUGCUGCUGGAGCAGUCCCGGUGUUGAGAAGGAUUGUGCUGUCACAAAGGCCACAAUGGGAAAGGGCCCUUCAUUUGCUGAGGAAUUUGUCAACAUGAUGAUGGGUUUCAAGCUUAGAAAGUCUUCAAAUGAUCCUCUUCUUGUGUUGGAUCAUUAUUUUGAAUGUUGUAAAAUAAAACCUUGGUCCCCUGUUAUAUGAUUUUAUUAAAUUUUUGAAUAUAUCAUUGGUAA